AUAAAAGUCUCCCUCGUUAUCACAGCAAUCGCUGCGUCAAUGGCACAGGCAUCCCCCGCUGUAGUUAGCGUUGAGCGCUCCUUCAAGCAACUGCGCAACGAGGAUGGUGCCGACGUAGCCAUAGCGUGCGCGGAGUGUCCUUGCGAAGGCUUCACGGGGCUGUGCAAAUGCGUAAGUGAUCCUCCUAAUCAAUACAGUUGCCUU